CGGGUGGGGGACGUACGUACCCGCAAAGCCCUGCAGCCGGUGGGCUGUAUUACUUUGGCCUCUCACCCGGCCGCAGCGACCAUGCCGGGCAAAGGCACCCAGCCCUCAACCGCCCGGCGCAGAGAGGAAGGGCCGCCGCGGUCCUCGAACGGCACCAGCAGCGACGCGGAGCCCGAGCCACCGCCCGGCCGUGCCCGGAGCCCGGCCCCUGCUACCGCAGAAAUUCCAAGUGAAGAAAUUGAUAAUAGGAGUUUAGAAGAGAUUUUGAAUAGCAUCCCUCCUCCCCCACCUCCAGCAAUGACCAAUGAAGCUGGAGCUCCUCGACUUAUGAUAACUCAUAUUGUAAACCAGAACUUCAAAUCCUAUGCUGGGGAAAAAAUUCUGGGACCUUUUCAUAAGCGUUUUUCCUGUAUUAUUGGGCCAAAUGGCAGUGGCAAAUCCAAUGUUAUUGAUUCUAUGCUUUUUGUGUUUGGCUAUCGAGCACAAAAAAUAAGAUCUAAAAAACUCUCAGUACUAAUACACAAUUCUGAUGAACACAAGGAUAUUCAGAGUUGUACUGUACAAGUUCAUUUUCAAAAGAUAAUUGAUAAGGAAGGGGAUGAUUAUGAAGUCAUUCCUAACAGUAACUUCUAUGUAUCCAGAACAGCCUACAGGGAUAACACUUCUGCCUAUCACAUAAAUGGCAACAAGUCGACAUUUAAGGAUGUUGGAAAUCUUCUUCGAAGCCAUGGAAUUGACUUGGAUCAUAAUAGAUUUUUAAUUUUGCAGGGUGAAGUUGAACAAAUUGCUAUGAUGAAACCGAAAGGCCAGACUGAACAAGAUGAGGGUAUGCUUGAAUAUUUAGAAGAUAUAAUUGGUUGUGGACGGCUAAAUGAACCUAUUAAAGUCUUGUGUCGGAGAGUUGAAAUAUUAAAUGAACACAGAGGAGAGAAGUUAAACAGAGUUAAGAUGGUGGAAAAGGAAAAAGAUGCCUUAGAAGGAGAGAAAAACUUAGCAAUUGAAUUUCUUACCUUGGAAAAUGAAAUAUUUAGAAAAAAGAAUCAUGUUUGUCAAUAUUACAUUCAUGAUCUGCAGAAACGAGUUGCUGAAAUGGAAACUCAAAAGGAAAAAAUUAAUGAAGAUACCAAAGAAAUUAAUGAGAAGAGCAGUAUACUAUCAAAUGAAAUGAAAGCUAAGAAUAAAGCUGUAAAAGAUGUAGAGAAGAAACUCAAUAAAAUUACAAAAUAUAUUGAGGAGAACAAAGAAAAAUUUACACAACUAGAUUUGGAAGAUGUUCAAGUUAGGGAAAAAUUAAAACAUGCUUCAAGUAAGGCCAAAAAACUGGAGAAACAACUUCAAAAAGAUAAAGAAAAGGUAGAAGAAUUUGAAAAUAUACCUGCCAAGAGUGAGAAUAUCAUAAUUGAGACAACAACUAAAAAGAAUGCCCUUGAGAAGGAAAAAGAGAAAGAAGAAGAAAAGUUGAAGGAAGUUAUGGAUAGCCUUAAACAGGAAACACAAGGACUUCAGAAAGAAAAAGAAAAUCAAGAGAAAGAACUCAUGGGUUUCAGCAAAUUGGUAAAUGAUGCACGUUCAAAGAUGGAUGUAGCCCAAUCAGAACUUGAUAUCUAUCUCAGUCGGCAUAAUACUGCGGUGUCUCAGUUAAGUAAAGCCAAGGAAGCUCUAAUUGCAGCUUCUGAGACUCUCAAAGAAAGAAAAGCUGCAAUCGCUGAUAUAGAGGCGAAACUCCCUCACACUGAACAUGAAUUAAAGGAGAAAGAAAAGGAACUUCAAAAACUUACACAAGAAGAAGUAAAUUGCAAAAGUUUGAUUCGUGAUCUUUUCCAAAAAGUUGAAGAGGCAAAGAGUUCCUUAGCAAUGAAUCAAAGUAGGGGGAAAGUUCUUGAUGCAAUAAUUCAAGAAAAGAAAUCUGGCAGGAUUCCAGGAAUAUAUGGAAGAUUGGGGGACUUAGGAGCAAUUGAUGAAAAAUACGAUGUUGCUAUUUCAUCCUGUUGUCGUGCAUUAGACUACAUUGUUGUUGAUUCUAUUGAUACAGCCCAAGAAUGUGUAAACUUCCUUAAAAGACACAAUAUUGGAGUUGCGACCUUUAUAGGUUUGGAUAAGAUGGCAGUAUGGGCAAAGAAAAUGACCAAAAUUCAAACUCCUGAACAUACUCCUCGGUUAUUUGAUUUAGUAAAAGUAAAAGAUCAGGAAAUUCGCCAAGCUUUUUACUUUGCUUUACGAGAUACCUUAGUAGCUGACAACUUAGAUCAAGCCACAAGAGUCGCAUAUCAAAAAGAUAGAAGAUGGAGAGUGGUAACGUUACAGGGACAAAUCAUAGAACAGUCAGGUACAAUGACUGGUGGUGGAAGCAAAGUAAUGAAAGGGAGAAUGGGUUCUUCAGUUGUUGAAAUCUCUGAAGAAGAGGUAAAUAAAAUGGAAUCACAGUUGCAGAGAGACUCUCAAAAAGCAGAGAAAAUCCAGGAACAGAAAGUACAACUGGAAGAAGCCGUAGUUAAGUUAAAGCAUAGUCAACGAGAAAUGAGGAAUACCCUAGAAAAGUUUACUGCAAGCAUCCAGCCUUUGUCAGAGCAAGAGGAAUAUUUGAAUGUCCAAGUUAAGGAACUUGAAGCUAAUGUACUUGCUACAGCCCCAGACAAAAAAAGGCAGAAAUUACUAGAAGAAAAUGUUAGUGCUUUCAAAACAGAAUAUGACAAGGUGGCUGAGAGAGCUGGUAAAAUAGAAGCUGAGGUUAAAAGAUUACACAAUAUCAUUGUAGAAAUUAAUAAUCAUAAACUCAAGGCCCAGCAGGACAAACUUGAUCAAAUAAAUAAGCAAUUAGAUGAAUGUGCUUCUGCUAUUACUAAAGCCCAAGUAGCAAUCAAGACUGCUGACAGAAAUCUUAAAAAAGCACAAGAUUCUGUGUUUCGCACAGAAAAAGAAAUAAAAGAUACUGCAAAAGAAGUAAGUGACUUAACAGCAGAGCUAAAAAGUCUUGAGGAAAAAGCAGCAGAGGUCAUAAAGAAUACAAAUGCUGCAGAGGAGUCCUUACCGGAGAUCCAGAAAGAACAUCGUAAUCUACUUCAAGAACUAAAAGUAAUUCAGGAAAAUGAACAUGCUCUUCAAAAAGAUGCACUUAGUAUUAAACUGAAACUUGAACAAAUAGAUGGUCACAUUGCAGAACAUCAUUCUAAAAUAAGAUAUUGGCAAAAAGAGAUUUCAAAAAUAUCAUUGCAUCCCAUAGAAAAUAAUCCUGUUGAAGAGAUUUCAGUUCUGAGCCCAGAGGAUCUUGAAGCAAUCAAGAAUCCAGAUUCUAUAACAAAUCAAAUUGCACUUUUGGAAGCCCAGUGUCAUGAAAUGAAACCAAACCUUGGUGCCAUUGCAGAGUAUAAAAAGAAGGAAGAAUUAUAUUUACAACGGGUAGCAGAGUUGGACAAAAUUACUCAUGAAAGAGAUAAUUUUAGACAGGCAUAUGAAGAUCUUCGGAAACAAAGGCUUAAUGAAUUCAUGGCAGGUUUUUAUAUAAUAACAAAUAAAUUAAAGGAAAAUUACCAAAUGCUUACUUUGGGAGGUGAUGCUGAACUGGAGCUUGUAGACAGCUUGGAUCCUUUCUCUGAAGGAAUCAUGUUCAGUGUUCGACCACCUAAAAAAAGUUGGAAAAAGAUCUUCAACCUUUCAGGAGGAGAGAAAACACUUAGUUCAUUGGCUUUAGUAUUUGCUCUUCAUCACUACAAACCCACUCCCCUGUACUUCAUGGAUGAGAUUGAUGCAGCCCUUGAUUUUAAAAAUGUGUCCAUUGUUGCAUUUUACAUAUAUGAACAAACAAAAAACGCCCAGUUCAUCAUAAUUUCUCUUCGAAAUAAUAUGUUCGAGAUUUCAGAUAGACUUAUUGGAAUUUAUAAGACGUACGAUAUAACAAAAAGUGUUGCAGUAAACCCAAAAGAAAUUGCAUCUAAGGACUUUGUUAAACUUGUUUAUACAGAAGACUCAUCAAAUUGAAUCAGCAUAGAUUCAGUGUAUUGUAUUACUGAUUUUUUUUUCUUUGUGAAGGAUUAUAAACUGUAUAAAAUUCAUAGUCCUAAACUUGAUCAUGUAAACUGGCUUCUAGUUUAUGCUGUUAAGUCUAAUAAAAUAUUCUACCUGCUUCUAGGAGAUUGUAAGACUCUGACAAUUUUGUCAGCCGCAGACUAGAGAGAAAGUAAGAUGUAGAGGGUCCGGUUGCUGGCCUUUUUCCCAAAUUGCUACCAACAGUUAAAAGUAUGUUUAGUUAACGUUUAAAUUCUAAACUAGUUCAUGUUACCAAGAUGCAUCAUACUCAUGGACCUUUGACUUGCAGUGCAAAAACCUGCUGGCUACUAGUUUAUAAAUUCCUAAGGCAUUCCAAUUAACUUACUAAUUUAGACAAUUACUGUUUAUUACUCAUACACUGGGAACAUGUUUUUUAAGUCAUUCUGAAUUAUAAGGAUGAAAAUUUAAAUACUUCAGGUGCUUGUCUAAAAUUUGAUACAUGUUUAAAACAACUGCAAGAGGGCCAGCAAACUGAGACAAUGUACAUGACUAGGAUUGUACAUAUGGUGAAAAGAAAUACCCACUAUAGUUACUUCAUUAAAAAGAAUGAAGUAUAUACAGAGGUUAAAUUCCAUGGUGUAAACGGAAAUUAAGAUGGAGGGUUGUUUCCCUACCAAAUUGUCAUGGGUUUUGUGCGUGCGUGUUUGACACUAUCAGCUCAAAAAAUAUGCCACUGGAAAUAAGUUGGCAGACACUUGGUUAUCAGGAGUUUGGGUAUUAAAUUGAAAGUCUUUACUCUUGCUAUUCAAUUUCUACAUAUUGAUCUUAGGACUUAAAAGUUAAUUAGCUCAUUAUUCAGUAAUGCAUUAUUUAGGGACUAGAAACCCAACAAAGAUUUGUAUCAUAAUGUAAAUACAUUAGCAUGGACUU